UCUAUGGGUCCCUAUGGGUCUCUAUGGGUCCCUAUGUGUUCCUAUUGGUCCCUAUGGGUCUCCAUGGGUAUCUAUGGGUCCCUACAGGUCCCUAUAGCGUCCCCGCGGGUCCCUAUGGUUCUCUACGGAUCUCUAUGGGUCGCGAUGCGUCCCAACGCGUCCCUAUGGGUCCCGGUGACGCCGCCCCCCCCUCCCCCCCGACCCCCCCCCGCGAGGUGUGGGUCGAAGUGACGCCCCGCUCCCCCAUCCCCGAAGGCCGCGGGGUGACCCUGCGCUGCCGGGCCACCUCCAACCCGGCCCCCCAUCGCUACGGCUGGAGCCUCAACGGGGCGGCGCUGCACAUCGAUGGGGCGCAGCUCCAACUGCUGCCCCACAGCGCCGACGCGGGGCUCUACGGCUGCAGCGCCACCAACAGCCAGGGGGAGGCCGAGGCCGCGGCUGUGAGGCUGGAGGUGUUGUACCCUCCACGCUCGGUCGCCGUGACGCCGCUGACGCCACUUCCGGCUCUGGAGAAGUCACGUGUCACCCUGAGCUGCCGUGUCGGCCCCGCCCAUCCCGCACCCAUCGUCCAAUGGGAGCGUUUGGACAACCCAUCGGACGCCGCCAUUGGUCAGGAGCUCAGUUUUGAGGCGGACCCUUCGCGGGCGGGAACCUAUCGCUGCGCAGCGUCCAACGAGGCGGGAACCGUCCGCGCCGAGCCCGUCAGCGUCGUCGUGUGGUACGCUCCGCGCUCCGCCCGCAUCAUUCCGGACCCCCCCGGCCCCCAACGGGCCGCUGAGGGGGGGUUGGUGACGCUGCGCUGCCAAUGGGGCCCGGCCCGCCCGCCCCCCACCGAGGUCACGUGGUUCCGGGACGGAAUCCCGCUUCACUCCUCUCCCAAUGCCGGAUCCCUUCUGCGCCUGCGCGGCCCCCGACCGGAAGACGGCGGGCAAUACGAGUGUGAGGUGCGGAACGUCGCCGGCGGGGCUCGCAGCGCCCCCUAUCGGCUGGAGGUGCUCUGUGAGUGCGCCCCAUAGACCCCAAUAACCCCAACGGGACUCCUAUGGGACCCCCGCCC